AUGGGGGUGUUGGUGGGCGCGGUGUACGGGGGGGUGCCGGCCGCUCGCUUCAGCCGAGAACAAUUCAUCCAGAAGAGCCGAGCCGAGAUCUACCAACACCGCGUGGAGGCCGUGAGAGCCGCCCACAACGCCGCCAUCCGGGGAUUCAUCCGCUACGGAUUCCGCUGGGGGUGGAGAAUCGGCGCCUUCGUCACCAUAUUCAAUGGUGUCAGCUCCGGACUCUCGGCCUAUCGGGAUAAAGUCGUCAUCGGUCAUUAUGCAGCGGCUGGAGCGGUCACGGGCGGUCUGUUCCGGAUGAGCCUCGGACUGAGGGGUCUGAUUGGUGGAUCAGUCAUUGGAGCCCUGCUGGGGGUCCCGGUGGGGGCGUUGUCCUCCGUGUUGCAGGCCCUGAUGGGGGAGGAUCUGCGGGAAUACAAGCGCAGGCAGCGCCACCAACUGUAUGAGGACAAGUUACAGGAAUGGAGUGAGCGGAUCCAACUCACCGAUGACAUCAUGCAGGACAUGCAAAAGGCGGGCGCCGAAUCGGCUGCCGAUGAGAUGGAGAAAAUCACAGAAAUGCUGCAGAUGCCGCGGAACCCGGAUCUGGGACGGGAGGAGUGA